AAAUAGAAACACUCGUGUCGUUCUUCCUCUCUUACUCCCCUCCCUCCACCGGCUUUUAAGAAGAGCGAGUUGCAUCUUCUGCUUUUGUGGUGCGACCAGCAGGCUUUUUUUCCGAAACUUUGGCAAUUUGUUGCAUAAUUCUUGACUAGAAAUCUUAACGAAAAUAACAAAAACAUCACAAUGUUGUCGCGAACUGCGUUGUGCAUUAAUCAUCAAGCUUUGUCGCAUGUCAACGCGGUCUCGCAGUCGCAGAGAAUCCUGCUCAGACAUAUGCACAUCACGUGUCAAAUACGAAAUGUCGGAAUUAAAUGCAAUUCUUCAGUCAAACUAUCAAAAUACACUCCUGUUUUGGGAACCUGUACAAAGAGGUAUUCCAGCACCGCUAAAGUCACCAAUGAAGCUAUUUCGUCAACAACCAACAACGUUUCCACCUCAGCCGUCGCUGAUGGUCUAACAUCGAAAUUAAUCGAAAAUAUACCAGCUGACAAUGUGGUAUCAAUUUCCUUUAAUGAUGUGCCAGCUGAAUCCCCGAUGACACAAUCAUUCAACAAUGUCAACAAUGUAACAACUGAAACAAUUAUGCCGGCAACGAUUGAUAACAUAUCAGCUGAAUCAGUUGAGCAAAAUCUAGCGGAUGACACUUUAUCUGCUGAAGAGCCCAUGACAAAUUCUAUUGAGACUUUACCAACCACUACUUUGGAUGUAAUCAGCAACGUACCAACUGGAGCCUCAACUCCACAAUCAUUCCUUGAUCUACCGGAUGCACCUGUGCCCCCGGUAGUGGAAGCAAUAUCAUAUGUUGGGGAACCAUCUCUCGUAUCUCUUGGGCUAGGCAGCUGGUGGCCAUCAGGAAUAGUUCAACAAAGCUUGGAAUGGCUGCACAUAUCAUGCGGCUUACCUUGGUGGGAAUCCAUAAUGAUCGGUACACUAGCCCUGAGGCUUGCACUUUUUCCUCUGGUUAUAUUUGCCCAAAAGAACAAUGCUGCAUUAUCAAACAAUAUGCCGGAAUUAGCGCGCAUACAAGCAGAAAUGACAGAUGCGCGACUAGAAGGUGAUCAGUUGGGAGCGGCUAGAAAAGCACAAGAGUUGAUGAAAUUCAUGAAAGGGAAAAAUUGCAAUCCUGCCAAAGGUUUGAUUGUGCCACUCUGUCAGGCUCCUAUUUUUAUCUCCGUUUUCUUCGGAAUCAGACAAAUGGCUAAUUUACCGGUUGAAAGUAUGGCACAAGGAGGACUUUGGUGGUUCACCGACCUCACCUGUGCCGAUCCGUACUACCUAUUGCCUAUUCUCACAACCCUCACUCUCUCAGCAACUAUCGAGCUUGGAACAGAUGGCACUAAUCCCCAAUCCCUUGGAAUGAUGCGAUACGUUCUUCGAGCUAUGCCUUUCGUGUUCCUUCCUUUCACUUUAAACUUCCCUGCGGCCAUUCUAUGCUACUGGUGCUCGUCAAAUUUCUUCUCGCUCAUUCAAGUCGGUCUUCUGAAGAUACCCAAAGUUCGCACAUUUUUCAAUAUUCCAGCCAUCGUAAAACAUCCGCAGAACAAACAAGUCCAGAAGAAGGGUUUUGUUGAGAGUGCUAAAACCUCCAUGUCAAACAUCAGAACAACCCGGGAAAUGAGAGCGAGAUACGUCGCAGAUGAAGUACAGUUUCAUAGGGCAGGAAGAGGUCCAGUUCAGCAAACCUUUUCAUACGAUCCUACAAAGCAAUUUCAUCGAUCCGAUGCCGUUCAAGCAAAGAAGAGAUAAUUAGUUUUUUCCAGCACCGUUUUUGAUUUUGUAAAUACACGAAAUUAUAGACGAUAGAAAAAUAAGAGACCAAAAUGAAUCUGGCAGUUUGAAAAUCUCUCUCCAUCGAUCCUCUAUCGCUUUUCUCCAGUGAUAUGUUAUAGGCGAAUGUGAGAUUUGGAAAAAUUAAAAAUAGCUUUAAAACCAA